AUGAAUUUUGGUAACCAAACACCAACGAUUGUUGUGUUGAAAGAAGGUACUGAUGCUUCCCAGGGGCGUGGUCAGAUCAUCUCCAAUAUCAACGCUUGUUUGACAAUUCAAGACACUCUAAAACCCACACUGGGUCCCUUAGGAUCGGAUAUUUUAAUAGUUUCCAGCAAUGGGAAAACCACGAUUUCCAAUGAUGGAGCGACGAUUUUAAAGUUGUUAGAUGUUGUACAUCCGGCAGCAAAGACUCUGGUCGAUAUAUCGAGGGCUCAAGACGCAGAGGUUGGCGAUGGUACUACCAGUGUGACGGUACUUGCUGGAGAAUUGCUGAAGGAGGCCAAACCGUUUCUAGAAGAAGGUAUUUCUUCUCAUGUUAUUAUUAAGGGAUACCGCCAGGCUGUUCAGUCGGCUCUUCAAAAAAUACAAGAUUUGGCAGUAGACAUUAGUGGUAAGAAUAUUAACCGAGACUUGCUCGAGCGUUGUGCGAGAACAGCUAUGUCAUCCAAGUUGAUUAACCAUAAUGCGGAGUUUUUUGUUCAAAUGUGUGUAGAUGCUGUGCUCUCUCUAGAUCAAGAAGAUUUGGAUGAGAAGUUGAUUGGGAUCAAGAAGAUUCCUGGUGGAGCUAUGGAGGAUUCAUUAUUUGUGAAUGGUGUUGCAUUUCAAAAAACGUUUUCUUAUGCUGGGUUUGAACAACAGCCAAAAAGAUUUGAGAAUCCCAAGAUCCUUUCUUUGAAUAUAGAGCUGGAAUUGAAGGCAGAAAAGGACAAUGCCGAAGUACGUGUCGAGCAUGUUGAGGACUACCAAUCCGUGGUUGAUGCCGAAUGGCGAAUCAUCAUGGACAAGUUGAAACAAAUAGAGGAUACUGGUGCAAAUAUUGUGUUGUCCAAACUACCCAUUGGUGAUCUAGCUACGCAGUACUUCGCUGACAGGGAUAUCUUCUGUGCUGGGAGAGUUACCGCAGAGGAUAUGAAUAGGGUGAUCCAGGCUGUAGGCGGUGCAGUUCAAUCCACGACUACUGAUAUUAGACAGGAACACUUGGGCACAUGUGCUGAAUUCGAAGAAGUACAAAUUGGUUCAGAACGGUAUAACCUGUUCCAAGGUUGUCCUCAAGCCAAGACAUGUACAUUACUACUCAGGGGUGGUGCCGAACAGGUCAUAGCUGAAGUAGAGAGGUCUUUGCACGAUGCUAUUAUGAUUGUUAAAAGAGCUCUAGAAAACAGACUAGUUGUUGCUGGCGGUGGGGCCAUUGAAAUGGAAAUCUCUAAGUUCUUGAGAGACUACUCUAAGACGAUUGCUGGUAAGCAACAAUUGAUUAUUAACGCAUUUGCUAAGGCUUUGGAAGUCAUUCCUAGACAGCUUUGUGAAAACGCCGGAUUUGAUGCCAUCGAAAUAUUGAAUAAGCUAAGACUUGCCCAUAGUAAGGGUGAAAAAUGGUUCGGUGUGGACUUUGAAACUGAAACUAUAGGGGAUAACUUUGCCAAAUUCGUCUGGGAACCCGCCCUAGUGAAGACAAAUGCUCUCAGUAGUGCCACUGAAGCCGCUAACUUGAUCUUAUCCAUCGAUGAAACUAUCAAGAACAAGGAAAGCGAUGGCGCAAACGCUGGUAUGGCUCCACCACCAGGGGCCAGAGGCAGAGGCGUUCCAUUGCAUUAG